AGUCCACGAGCGCACUGUUGCGCAAGAACAUUAACUGCGACUUUUGCGCACAUUUAGUCAAUAGAUCAAUAUAAAAUAUGAAGUCCGGUUUUACUGACUUCGGGCGUAUUAUCACUCUAAUUUACCUGCAGCUAAACAUCCCCUUAAUUUAUGGAACCCCGUCAAGGUAUAGUAUGUUCCAAGGCAAUGCAUAUUCUGACUCGGCUCCACGUCAGAGGAAUAAAAACUGGUGUGCGUAUGUUGUACACAAGAAUGUAACAUGUGCGGUACUUGGAGCUACGGAGACCGUGGUGGAGCCAGAGCUCGCACCCUGCCCUAUGCACCAACCUGACUGCGCGCAACGCGUGAUAUAUCGAACACACCUUCGCCCCAUGUAUAAGAUUGGAUACAAGGAGGUGACCGAGUUGGAGUGGAAGUGUUGUCCACUCUACCAAGGGUAUGAUUGCAUGGAGCUGAAAGGCUUCCCAUCCACACCUGAAGAACUGCGUCCAAAUCCAGCACAUAUUCCUGAACAGGAGCAGAGCAUGUUGGGCCCUGAGAAUUUUGACUCUGCAGCUGGUGAACUGUGGAGCCAGGGAGAGCCUAUUCCUCCCUGGGGAGAUUCGCCUCAGCGAGGGCCUCAGCCCAGUCACCCGUGGCUGCAGGGCGGAGCGGCCAGUGGCAGGGCACCGGCUGACCAGCGGAAGGUGCGUCAGCUGGAGUUAGAGGUGCAGCGGCUCUCCCAGAACCUGCUGGACCUGCAGGCCGCCAUGACGGGCAUGAACGCCAACCUGCGGCAGGAUCUGCAGGAGGACGCCAGCAAGAUCUUCCUGAGCAUGCUGGGUAGUGACCGACAGCCGGCCAGUGCUCUGGGAGCAGGCACAGAGAGCAUCAUCCUGCCUGCCAUCACACCAGACCCGCUCUCCUCAUCUGCCACAGAGCAGCUACAGAUUCAAGUCAACGACCUCUCGGCCACGCUCAUAGCUAAUACACAGGCCCUCAAGGAGCUGCAGGGGCAGGUCAAGCAGCAAGACGGACAACUGCGCCUGUUAACCAACGCAGGCCAGGGUGCGCUAGAGCCGCCCCCCACCUCCAAUUCAGCCAAUGAGAGCUCUCUAAAGCACUACGUGGACAGUAGGAUCUCGGCUCUUCGCAACGAGCUGCUGGAGGGCAUGGAGAUCAAGAUGGCCGACCUGAAGAACUCCUGCGAGUACAAGGUGAUGUCGGUGAGCGAGCAGUGCGAGGAGCAGGAGACCUCCUACCUGAGCCUGGCCGAGCUGCUGGACUCCAAAGAGACCGACCUCCGCAAGGAGAUCCAAGAUCUCCGCGACUCCCUGGUCAGCCCGGGGACGGGCUCCCCUCUUCUGGCGGUCGACGGCGACCUGCGUGCCCGGCUGGCUAAGAUCGAGGCGGCGCAGCGCGAGCUGCAAGCCGCCCUGGAGAGUCAGAACGGCACGCUAAGGCGGGUGCAGGAGGGCAAGGCGGAGCUGGAGGGGCGCGUGGAGCUGGCGGAGCGGAGCGCCGAGGUGCACUGCCUCUUACUGGAGGAGAAGCUGCGCCGGGAGAGGCAGGAGGAGAGGCAGGAGGAGGAGGCCGCGGAGCGGGCGAGAGCCCUGGGCAACAGCUCCGCUCUGGAGGACUUCAGGAGACAACUGACCACCCACCAGCACCUCAUCCACAACCUGGAGGAAGCGCUCAAUGCGACCGCAGACGCGAGACAAGCACAGCAGCAGCAGUGUUGCCGCGAGGUGCAGUCCCUCGCGCGGCAGGUCGAAGGUCUGGAGAGUUCCGUCGCGGCGCUCAACGACUCGGCGUCUCUGCACGCGGAGGAGCUCCAGCAGCUCAGCGCCGCCUGCACUGCCCCGAAAGGGGCGCCACGCCUUGGGGAGCACCUGGUGCAGAGGGUGACCACGCUGGAGGACGCGUGGUCGGGGGUGGACGGCCGAGUGGCCAGCGUGGAGGGUGUGUGUGGGCGGCUGGAGCCCCUGUCCGACAGCCUGCGGAGAAUCAAAGAUGGCCUCAACAAGCACGUGACAGGCCUGUGGACGUGCGUCAAACAGAUGAAUGGCACGCUGCGUUCACACACACGAGACCUUCACGCCCUGUACGAACACACACACGCCCUCCAGGACACGUUGGAACAGACCACCAACACACCUGUCCACUCAGGCCAUGAGGAUGCCACCAGUGUCUCUGCAGUGACUGGUUCCACCAUGCCGCUGGCCCCCGUGUUGGAGACGGGGGAGGCCGGGCCCCCGGGCACUAAACACGCCUCGCGUCCACCCCAUGGUGCCAACGGGAGCAUGACCCCUGUCAAGGGCUACGCAGGAGCACCAGGUUACCCUCCUCUGUCUCCUGUGUCCCACACUCCUGACAGUCCCUCAGGACAUGAAAUCAAAUUGGAGACAGCUCAAACGGUGCUGAAUUUGGCACCCCAGUUUCUAUUUGACCCCAUCUCCUUCUCGGCUGGCCUGACACUUCUGCCGUUUCCUGGGUCGAUGGGCAUCAUUCGCUUCAACAAGAUUCUCAUCAACGAUGGGGGCCAUUAUGACCCACACACAGGUAUAUUCACUGUACCUGUAGAUGGGCGUUAUCUGCUUAGCGCAGUAGUGACAGCGGAGCGGACGGAACGAGUAGAGGCGGUGCUCUCUGUGUCCAAUCACAAUGUGCAGAGGCUGAACACAUCAUCUGGGGGUGUGGCCACAGACAGCUGUUUGUGUGGUGGCUCCGCCUCCCUCAGUCUCAUUCUGGAUCUGAAGAGAGGUGACAGGGUGGGGCUGGUGAUGACAUCUGGCAAACUGGCCGUCUCGGCAUCCAGCGAGAUUGUCUCCUCAUUCAGUGCCGUGCUGCUUUAUCCAGCGCAAGUAAAUAGAUGAUGGACAAUGGAACACCAUCAUUACUGCACUACACCAGCAGCAAUUUCUCAUAUUUGUGGAAUGUUAUCUCAACAUUGCAUAUAAAAAACAAAGAGAAAAAUAUAUAGAUUAUGUAAAUCAAUUCAGCUUAAUGCUCUAAGCUCUAACUAACUUACACAAACAAGAAUUAACUUAAUGGACAUUACUUCAGGAAAUUCCAGACACUCCAAAUCAUCUCCUUUAAAAAAUGUUUUGUUUUAGUUUUAAUAUAUUGUUUACUCAGAGAGAGCAGAGAGAAAUAUUUCUGUGUGUGUUUGUGUAUGUGACUUAAAUGUGUUUUCUAGAAAAUCUGUGUUUAGUACUUUUAUUGUGUGCAGACAACAUAUUUUGUUGAUCUGUUUUUUCUGAUCUAACCUAGGACUUUUCAGGAUUUAUUAAGAUCAGAUUUUAUUUGAUCAAACAAACAAAACCUAAUAAAGUGCCUUGAAUGGCAACUGUCCUUGCCUUGGACUAUGUAGGUUGGGCU